AUGCAGCACUACGGAGUGAAUGGUUACUCCCUCCACGCCAUGAAUUCACUGAGCGCCAUGUACAACCUCCACCAGCAGGCAGCUCAGCAAGCCCAGCACGCCCCCGACUACCGGCCCUCGGUGCAUGCCCUCACCCUGGCAGAGAGACUGGCCGGCUGUACAUUUCAAGACAUCAUUUUGGAGGCACGUUAUGGAUCCCAGCACCGCAAACAAAGGCGAAGUCGCACGGCCUUCACCGCCCAACAGCUGGAGGCUCUGGAGAAGACCUUCCAGAAGACUCACUACCCAGAUGUGGUGAUGAGAGAGCGGCUGGCUAUGUGCACAAACCUACCUGAGGCCAGAGUCCAGGUUUGGUUCAAGAACCGGAGGGCCAAAUUCCGGAAGAAGCAGCGUAGCCUGCAGAAGGAGCAGCUGCAGAAGCAGAAGGACUGUGAAGGGAGCCACAGUGAGGGAAAGACAGAACCACCCAUGCUGGAGACCCAGGCCACCACCCCAGACACUGAGAAGGUCCAGAGCCUCCCGAGCGAGGUAGGGACGGAUCUCAACCUAACCCUGUCGGAGCAGUCAGCCAGUGAGUCUGCGCCUGAAGACCAGACCGACAGAGAGGAAGAGUUUAAGAGCACCUUGGAUGAGUCUAAAGUGGACAAGAGCCCUGGCGUGGACAGCAAGGCUUUGAACUGCAAGAGAGCAAGCCCAAAAGCAGAGUCCCCUAUCAGCGCGACUGUGACGCCUUCAUCCAGCAGUGGCCUGGCUCAGACUCACUCCUACUCCUCCUCGCCCCUGAGCCUCUUCCGCCUGCAGGAGCAAUUCCGCCAGCACAUGGCGGCCACCAACAACUUGGUCCAUUACUCCUCCUUCGAAAUGGGGACACCGUCUGCCAUGCCCUACUUGGGCAUGAACGUCAACAUGGCACCACUGAGCUCCCUGCACUGUCAGUCGUACUACCAGUCGCUCUCCCACGCUCAGCAGGUCUGGUCCUCACCUAUCCUGCAGGCUUCCAGCUCCCUUCCAAGCCUGAACAGUAAAACGACGAGUAUUGAGAACCUAAGGCUCCGGGCAAAGCAGCACGCGGCGUCCCUUGGGCUUGACACCCUACCCAACUGA